AUGGCACUCCCGAGACUCGGCGCCCAUCUGCGGCUGGUUUCCCAAACCUCACAAGCGACUAGACUGCUUCCGACUCUUCGAAUGAGCGCCCGUGGUCUACGAAUGCCCCCUCGGCGGUUCGCCGUCUCUUUGGCGGCUGAGCCAUUGUCGUCUGAGACGCAUGCGGUUCGAGUGAGAGCUCCGACCGUCAAGGACUUGCAAGACCUCGAUCUCGACCCCGAAGCGCUCCCACAAACCGACGAAGCCGCGUUGGACAUUACACCGCGCGCUGCAGAGCAACUUCGAAGCAUUUCAAUGCGAGAAAACGACAAGGACAUCGCGCUCCGUGUGUCUGUAGAGUCCGGAGGAUGCCAUGGUUAUCAAUACAAGAUGGAACUCACAUCAAAACAAGAACCCGACGACUACGUCUUUCGACACCCCAGUCUCAUGCCAUCAAACGUGGUCAUCGACGCCGUAUCAAUGGGGCUCCUCAAGGGCGCCACUUUGGAUUUUGCGACCGAACUUAUUGGUUCCAGUUUUCGAGUGGUCGAUAACCCACAAGCGAAAGGUUCGGGAUGUGGUUGCGGUGUCAGUUGGGAGGCCAAGGAUUGA